GAAGAGUGACUGGGCACCAAUCAGAAUGAAGCCUGGCCCUGCAUCCUGAACCAGACGCAAGCAGGGGUCUGUCAUGGCAGUCUGGCAGUCUGGCAGUCAUGAGAUCCGUGUCUCACCCGGGCUUCCUCGGCUCGCUCGGCUCCUUCAGAUUCUUUCAGUUUCUCCGUGGCUCCAGGAACAGAACUAAGAAAAGUCGGAAACAAAACAGCUAGACACAAAGAAAAGCAGAAGUGGGCCUCUCAGAGACUGGUCCCCCAGCAGGGCUGAGCUGUGGAACGUCCAGCCGUGGCCUGUCUGCCGGUGACCCAUGUGUGGGAGAAAUGACCCAACUACCGUCAGCUGUAUGGCUGCCCACGCUGCUGCUGUUGCUUUUCUGGCUUCCAGACUGUGUCCCUCUGCAUGGCCCCAGCACCGUGACAGGAACUGUGGGGAAAACGCUGAGUGUGUCGUGUCAGUAUGAGGAGAAAUUCAAGACUAACAAUAAAUACUGGUGCAGAGUGUUAUCUGUGCUACGAUGUAAAGAUAUUGUCAAGACCAGAGGCUCAGAAGAAGCCAGGAAUGGCCGAGUGUCCAUCAGGGACCAUCCCGACAACCUCACCUUCACAGUGACCUUGGAGAGCCUCAGCGAGGAAGAUGCAGGCACCUACAUGUGUGCGGUGGAUAUACCAUUUUUGGAUGGCUUCUUUGAGAUUGUUGACUCCUUGGGGAUCGAUAAGUACUUCAAGAUUGAGUUGUCCGUGGUCCCAAGUAAGGUCACAGUUUCAUCUCCAGAACCAACACUAGAGAUACCUGUGGUGUCCACCAGCCUGUCUACCAAGGGUCCCACCCAAGAAUCCAUCACAGGAUCCAUCACAGACGGCCACCAUGAGCAUCAUGGGACCCAGGGCUUGAGGCUCCCAGUGCUGCUGUCCGUGUUAGCUGUCCUGCUGUUGCUGUUGGUAGGGACCUCUCUGCUGGCCUGGAGGAUGUUCCAGAAGCGGCUGGUCAAAGCUCAUGAGCAUCCAGAGCUAUCUCAGAACCUCAGACAGGCUGCUGAGCAGAGUGAGUCCCAGUAUGUGAAUUUGCAGCUGCACACGUGGUCGCUGAGGGAAGAACCGGUGCUACCAAGUCAAGUAGAGGUGGAAUAUAGCACACUGGCAUUACCCCAGGAAGAGCUUCACUAUACAUCCGUGGCAUUUGACCCCCAGAGGCAGGAUUCUCAGGCCAGUGGGGUUGCCCGUCGUCAACCUCAGGAGCCAAAAGCAGUGUACAGUGAGAUCCGGAAGCCCAGAAAAAAAUCUCUCUGACCCUCACCUGUGACUCCUUGUCACCUGAUCCCUUCAAUGGUGACCACCAGGUUCUCAAGCUCCUUGCUGGCUGCUGCCCUCAAUGUCACCACCCUCUCUGGCUUCACUAAAGACGAGCAGGAGCCAGGGCUCUGUGGGCAGAGAGUCUCAUCCCACUGGCUCUCUCCUCUUAGCCUGCAUUUUGUUCUGCCUCUGGGUAUGGAGGAUGUAGAUGCUGCUCCUUUGGGGCUCUGGGAACUGACAUGGUUCGUACAGAACGGUACUUGUGUUAACCUUGCGGUGUCAGUCCAGGAAGAACAUCUGUGGUCACUGGGAAAGUAGAGAACCAGUGAGGACCCAUGAGACUACAAAGAAAUAGGCGUCAUGGGGGCGCUAAACACCAACUACCUGUCUCACAGAGAUAAGCUCUAAGGACAGGAGCCUGGCCCACAGCACCAAGGUCACGGGCAAAUUCCUCUGGACUCAUUUUUAUUUUUAUUUUUUUUUGGUUUUUAGAGACAGGGUUUCUCUGUGUAGCUUUGGCUGUCCUGGAACUCACUCUGUAAACCAGACUGGCCUUGCUCACAAAGCUCUGCCUGCCUCUGCCUCUUCAAGUGCUGGGACUAAAGGCAUGAGCCAUGAUGUCUGGCUUCUCUAGACUCUUAAGUAAAAGAUGAAAUAAAAUUUAUAAUAUCUUUU